AGCAUAAAGUUUCUGAUUCAUCUAGUAAUACAAUUGAUGAAAAAGCUUUAUCUUUAGAAAUGUCAGCCCAUAAUCAAUCUGCUGAUCUUGCCCAAGAUAGAUGCUAUGUUGAUACUACUAUUAGUGAAGCCGGCAUGUAG